AUGAGAUAUGCAUCUUCUCACACAAAGAGCCUCAUAUGGAGCCGUUUGGAUGCUCAUGUUAACUGUCGUUGUAACGGACUCAAUGAGAGGGGAGUAGACAUACCUGCUAGAAGGAGAAGCAGAAAGGUUAGGUAUGAUGAAGAUAGUGAAGUGUCAAUUUUUGAGCUUGGAAUGGUCUUUGAAGGGGCAGAUCAGUUCAGGAAAGCAGUGGCAGAUUAUGCUGGACUCAGGGCUAAACAGAAAAUUAUGAGGGAAGACAUGGAUGAUUGGAAUCUGGAAUUUGUCAAAUUGUGUGACUAUGCAGAUGUGAUCAAACAAACCAAUCCUGGAAGCUCUUGUUGGCAAGGAUGGUUGGAGGGGUGUAGGAAUAUAACUGGAUUUGAUGGUUGUUUUCUCAAGGGAGCUUGUAAGGGUGAAUUAUUUGUUGCUGUUGGAAAGAAUGGGAACAAUCAAAUGUAUCCCAUUGCCUGGGCUGUUGUGGAUACAGAAACAAAACAUAGUUGGAGCUGGUUCAUAAGUUAUUUAAUUGCUGAUCUAAACUUGGGAACUGGUGAAGGUUUGACUGUGAUGUCAGAUAUGCAAAAGGGACUUAUUCCUGUAUUGUUGGAGUUGUUACCAAAUGCUGAGAAAAGAAUGUGUGCUAGACAUAUAUGGAGUAGUUGGCAUGUUAACUUGAAAGGAGAAGAAAGAAGGAAACAGUUUUGGAGAUGCUCAAAGGCCUCUUUUGAAAGCUUUUUUCAGACUCAUUCCAAGUGUGAUGUUGUAGAAAAUAACAUGUGUGAGACUUUCAAUUCCUGGAUCUUAGCUGCUAGACAUAAAUCAAUUAUUACCAUGCUAGAGGAUAUUAGGCAUAAAAUGAUGAACAGACAUAUAGACAUGAUCAAAUUUGCUGAAACAUGGAUAUCAGACAUUGCACCUAUGGCAAGGGCAAUACUAGAAAGAAACAAGGAGUAUUCAAAGAACUGUAAUGUUCAAUGGAAUGGGGUGAAUGGUUUUGAGAUUAGUGAUGGGGAAUACUCAUUUGUUGUUGACUUGGAGAAGAAACAUUGUGACUGUAGGUUGUGGAUGUUUAGAGGUAUUCCUUGCCCUCAUGCUAUUUGUGCUUAUUAUUACUUGAAUCAAGAUCCUAAUCAACAUGUAGAGCACUGGUAUACGAAGGAAACAUAUCUCAAGGCUUACAAUCAUUUCAUCCAACCAAUACCCAAUAUGAGAAUGUGGCCUAACACUACAAAUCCAUCAAUAGAGCCUCCAAAACCAAGAAAAAUGCCAGGCAGACCUGGCAAGAAGAGAAGAAAGAGCAAGGAUGAGCCCAUAAAAUGGGUAAAAAUUUCCAGAAAAGGAGUAAAGAUGACAUGUUCCAUUUGCAAGAAAACUUGUCAUAACAAAGCUGUGUGUGCAAGAGUUAGAACACAAAGUUCUGUUUGUCCUGAUACCAGUGUUGUGCCAAGAACUGUGCCAAGAACUACCCAAACAACAUCUACAAUGGGAGGUCCUUCUACAAUGGGAGGUCCAUCACAUUCUACUUCCAGAACCACAUAUGCAACUACACAAUCAAGUCAAACAAAUUCUAUUUGUGCUGACACAACAUCUGUGCCAAGACCUGCUCAAAAUAAGAUACCAAUUUACCCAUCACUCAUCCCCGAGUGA